UCUCUCGUUAAUGCUUGUUACGAUGUAGCACGCCCAAGUAUCUACUUUGAAUUUGCUACACCGUUGUAAUCGUAUAGAUGACUAUACUGCCGUCGGUCGAUAAACAGCGAAACGCGGAACUGAAAAGUACUGAGUUAAAGGAACGUGGACCGCUUGUAUCUCAAUACAGUAAUGCAGUAGUUCGAGAACAAUAUUUUUGGUCUUUAUCUAGUUGAUCACAAUAUUACUCGAUUCAUCAUGUUCGAGUAGCGUUGAUUACGCAUUGUGUGUUUUACACUUUUCCAAUGAACUUCCUUGAAUGCAUCGUUGAAGACUUCAAAGUGCAAAGGAAUUGGUGCGAAGGACGAAAGUGUGAAAGCGUACGCUCACCGCUACUUACGCGAAGAAACAUAUCUUUUAGCUAUUCUCAAUGUGUUCGGAAGAUUUGAUCUGAUCAUCUUUUGAUGAAACAUUUGUUCAACUAUUCAAGCAACUAAAGAAUAUUCUGGAUUCAAUUAAUUGAUAAGUACAGUGUAACUGUAACGUUUGUACGAGAAAUUUUACGAUAAAUAAAAAAGGAACACCGCAAGACCGAUGGAAUGGCAAUGGAAUUUUUUUUUAGCGCAGGAACAUGUGAAUUCGUAUGUCACUUGUUAUUAUGAUAGACUUUAAGGUUAUUAUGAUAAAUUUGUAAGAUCGAAGCAUGAUCCUCAUGUUCAAGUUGUAGGAUUGGGUGUGAAUAGUAACUUCCGUGACAAACCGACACGAUAGUAGAGUUGUUCGAUGAAAUUAAAACGCGUGACUUUCGAUUUUCAAACUCAUCCUUCUUCGUUAUGUGUGAAUAAAUAAAGUUUUUCAUACGUGUUUUGAACUAUUUUUAAAAAGACUUAUUAUUCUUUGGAUUUUAUAUCGGCUAUGGUUGUAGCCAGUGGUAAGUGGGUACAAAAUGCCAGUUUUCCUGCCAAUCAGAAUUCCAACCUGAAAGUAAACUCCAUACAAAGUAACAAAAUGACAGCCAAAGGAAUUUUAAUUUGCCGUGAUAAUUCUCAUCCUUUUGAAGAACGUACAUUGUCAUUGGAGCAAGCUGUUAAAGUUGGCCGUUCUGUAGCAAGAGCUAGAGCCACUCCAAAUAAUGCAAUUUUUGAUUGUAAAGUAUUAUCUAGAAACCAUGCAUUAUUAUGGUAUUCAGGUGGAAAAUUUUUUUUACAAGAUACUCGUAGCAGUAAUGGUACAUUUGUUAAUAAUGAAAGACUCAGUACAGCUGGAGUAGAAUCAACACCUAAAGAAGUAUGUUCAGGUGAUAUAGUGCAAUUUGGAGUAGAUGUGAUAGAAAGUACAAAGAAAAUUAGGCAUGGAUGUAUAGUUGCAACAUUGAAAUUAUAUUUACCAGAUGGAAAAGAAGCUAAAGCUAGUCUUAGUACGUCAGUCACAUUACCACUCAAUAAUAUUUCUUUGGAGGAUAUGUACAACCUGAAUCAAAUUAUGCAAGAAGCUUCAGAACGUGAGAAAGCACUUUAUUCUAAAUUAGUAUGUCUUCAACAACUUGUAACAAAUGCUCGGAGAGCUGCCAAUCAAUCUUGGAAAGCAUUAAUAACAGAGGAUCGGUUAUUGUCUUGGGUAGAAAGUAUGGAAAAUCAACUGGCUGUUUAUUCUAAAAAUUAUACAGAAGAUAAAAUUAGAAACGAAUUGGUAAUAUUUCAGACAGAAAAAGUACAAUACCAAAUGAUAGCAAAAGAGGCAUUACAAAAAGUAUUAGAAGAGAAAUUAGAGGUAAGUCAAAGAUUAGUUCAAUUAGAAGGGCGUUUAAAUGAAACAGAAGAAGAAUGUCAAAGUCUUCAUAAUGUAGUAAAAUAUACUCAACUAGAACUUCAACAAUUAUGUAGCAAAUAUACAGAAGCACAAAAAAAGCUACAAGAAACUACAAAUAAACUGAAAGAGAGCGAGGAAAAAAUAAAGGAUAUAGUACAAAGUACAGAGCAAGAGAAACAAGAACUUUUGAAAAGACUUGAAGAUCAAUUUAAAAUUGAGAAAAAUUUACAAACAAGAUUACUUAAUUCUAGAUUAGAUUCUGUUAAUAUUUAUAAGCAGAUCACUGCCCUCAGAAAUUAUAUGCGAAUCUUGCAAGAUAUGAAUACAAAAUUAGUAACAAGUGACAUUAUAGAAUCAAAAGAUGAAGAAAAUCCCAUUGAGGCCAUUAAUAUUAUUCUGAAUAAAUUAAAUUCCAUUCAUGUUGACAAUGUAGACAUUGAUCCAGAAAUCAACUUUUAUUCUAUGAAAGAUGAACAAGAUAAUCAAAUCAAUUCACAAGAUAUCGAUUCAAAUCAAUUAAAAAAUUCUUUGGCUAAUAAUGAUAUUUUAAGAGAAUUUAUUUUGCCACCACUGUGUCGAAAAACUUUAGUUAAUGGGAAUGUAAAUAUAGAUAAUACAGAUAUGAAUUCAGAAUCUGAUGUUAAUUCAGAUGCAACAGAUGAUACAUGCAGUAUUACCAGUGAUGAUACAAGUGAAAAAUCUGUUAUAGAAGUUAAAAAAGAGGAACCUGUGUAUAAAGCAGCAGAAGAAACUUUUGUACCUUAUAAAAUGGAAGUUAGAUUUGUAUGUGAUGAAAAUGGUAAACAAAUGGAGAACUCCCAUUCUUCUCAAGCUUUACAAAAAGUGAAAGAUAGCGAAGAAGCAGAAAUUAGUAAUGACAGCUUGAACAGUGUUAAGAUCAGUUCAACUGAAUCUGUUUCUAUGCAAAUUGAUCAACACGAAAAGAAAGACAAAACAGACAAAGAUAGCAGUGAAUUAGAUGAAGAAUGUGAAGAACAUUUAGAAGGAGAUUAUAUUAAAACAUUAAAACCAUUAUCUAAAAAUGAUACUGUACAACAAAGUAUACAUGCAAGGGAAUAUGUAUUGCAGACUUUGAUUGGAUCCUUAGAUUCAUUAAAGGUUGAAGACAAUUUAGAAUCACAGCAAACCAUCAAGAAGGAGUUAGAAAAUCUCAAGGAUUGGUUAAUUUGUGAACCUCAUGAAGAAAUUGUUGAAAAACUAAAAGAACUGUAUUAUCGUGCCAAGAAUGAAGCUCAAAGAAUUCAAGAGCUCCAUGAAGAGUUAGUUAUUUUAAAGGAGAAGUUCAAUGCAUUUGUUGAAGAAAAAACAGAACUUUCAAAAAAAUAUACAACUCUUAAAGCACAAUGCGGUGAUUUGUUAAAUACAACUUACACCGUACCGAUACAUUAUGUGGCACCUAUUGCAAUCAUAUUGAUAUGGAUAUUGCUUCAAAAAAUAUUUUAA